UUGUGCGCCCGGCCCAUGGCGAGGGCGAGGCGGGCACAGGGACAAACUGCGGCCUUUGUCCCCGGCGCCAGCCGAACGGCAAAACUGCCUCUGCAGCAAAACGCGUGGGCUGGGCAGGACCCCGUGGAGAAAAGAAAACCCAAAGGGAGACAACGAGGCGGCACAAAACGGCGCCGACGCCGCUGCGCAGCGAGGCCGCUGGAAGCCGCCCCGGCGACCCUGAACUGCGGCGCGGCCCAGCCGCCCCCCCGCGCCGCCCCACGCCAUGGCGGCCGCCGCACCGCCCCUCGGGCGGGGAGAGGGGCCGGGCGGGGGCCCUUCCCCGCGCCGCCGGGGGCCGCGCGCGCGUGCGCGGUGAGGCGCGGGACGUUGGAGCGAGUUGGCGGCGCGGCGGCCGGUGCGUGGUGCGCGCUGCGGGGCCGCGGGAAAAGCAUCAGAAUGAAAGAAGUGGACAAUAUAAAAACUGUGAAGGACGAAUGGAUGUGUAAAUCUGGAACUGAUGAUCAGAUUCUGAAUGGUACAGAUCAAAACUGUGACUAUUUUGUAGAUAACCUUUUUGAAGAAGCUCAGAAGGUUGGUGCUAUAUGUAUGCCCACAGCUACAGUCAAGAAUCAGGUUGAUAUAAUUAUUAAACUUUGGAAAAACGGAUUUACAGUAAAUGAUGGUGAACUUAGGAGCUACACUAAUGUUGCAAACCAGCAGUUCUUGGACUCCAUUAAAAAAGGGGAACUGCCUUUUGAGCUACGAAAAAUUUUUGAUAAGGAGGAGGUAGAUGUGAAAGUGGAAGAUAAGAAAGAUGAGGUGUAUUUAUCAUCAAAAAAGCCGAUGUUUCAUCCCUUUUCUGGACAUGGUUACAGAUUAGGAAGUGCAACUCCAAGGAUAAUUUCUAAAGUGAGAGAUGAUCACCAAGAAGCUGACAACAAAAGACCUCUUCCUUUAGUACCCUUGAAUGAUUUGGAACCUAUCACCAGCGUCCAGAUCUGGUUAGCUGAUGGGAAAAGGAUAGUUCAAAAAUUCAAUGUUUCUCACAGAAUAAGCCAUGUCAGAGACUUCAUAACAAAAUAUCAAGGAUCAGAGGGAAGGGUUCCCUUUACGCUGACUACUUCUCUGCCCUUUCAAGAGCUGCGGGAUGAGACACUCACACUAGAAGAAGCAAAGCUGCAAAAUGCUGUUGUUGUUCAGAGACUUCAGAAAACAACUGAGCCUUUCAGACAGUCAUAGUGAAAAAGCACCUGAGAGAGAUUGUAAAAGUGCUGCUACAUCUAAAGGACAUCUCAAGAAUGAGCAAAACAACGCAAUCAAAAGCAUGAGAACAAAUUAGAUUUUAACUGGCUAAAAGCUGCACACAGACAAAACUAGACAAAACCAAAAACGUAACCAGCAAUAUCUGGAUGCACUAUGAUCCUCACAUAGCUGCACUCUUAGUGAAAAGUGUGCUGUGCUGUAAUUGGCUAUAAUAGAAGUAUUUUCUACUCAUUUCUGUGGUCAGAGCCUGGCUAUAAUGUAGCAGAGGUAACUGUACAACAGGGUCCUCCUUAGAAUUUCCUUAGGUAGAAAGCUUGGCUAUCCUGUUCCUUAAGGAUUGUCUAGGUGAAAUGGUACUAUAAGACUUUACUACUACUAAUAGCACCUUGUAAGGAAAACAUUAUUUAUUUUUGCACUUUGGACUGAAAUGAAACUAAACUGGCUGGUUUCACUUACUUUUCAGUGUAAGCUGCUUCAGUUUGCAUUCUUAACACUAGGCAACAGAUGCUUGCAGGGAAGCUCACAUUUGAACUCUUCAGUAACUUGAAAAUAUUCUUCAAUAUUAGUAUCUUUAGGAUUUAACUUCUACGGUGCGAAAGUUCAUCAAGUUUUCACAUGGUAGGUGCAUGUGUGAGAAGAUUGAAAUGAGGUAGUCUGGUGCAUGCUGCAUAUGAAGUGCCUCAAAGUAAGGCAUUUUUUUACUAAUGGUUGAAGUGGUUUCUGCCUCUUGUUCUGCCACAGGUGUCUUACAGGGUGAUGUUAAACUACCUAAUUCACUAGAAAGAAUAGAGAUCCACUGUUAGCCUUUUUUCACGUAAGCUUCAGUUUUUCUGGAGUUUACAGGAGUAGUGGCUUAGAGCAAUACAGUUGUUUCUGUAUUAUAUAUCCAUUUCUGUCCUGAACCAGCAAGCUGGGGGGUGCAAUGAGUGCAUGUGCCCAUGUUUCAGAGAUGUUUAAAAUAUUUAUUUGAAAGUCAAGGUUUCUCCCUCCCUAUCACCCCCUCCCUUUUCAUUCACGUCUGAUUUCACCAUUCAUGUUUUUGGGGCAUAGGAUUUGGAGCCAACCACUCUGUAUUUUGCUGAAGGAGAAAUCAACAUAAGGACUAAAUAUCCUGAGUAUUGUAUUAGCUUUUCUUGCCAACUGUAGAGCAAAGUAGCACACGGGUUUGUGAAUGGAACUGGAGUCUCUGGAUAAGACUCUACUUGGGGCCUUCAAUGCACAGUAACUAGUUUAUGCUGCCUGCACAAAUGUUGUCAUACUUCCUCUGCAUGGCUAACUGGAAGAUGGGUUUGCGGUUUCCUAGUUUUGUUUUAAAUAGAAGAUGACUUGUUGGAGUGACUUGAAUUCUUUCUAAAACUCCUGUUACUUCAAACAAGGCACACACUUAAUUCAUCACAUUGUAAAACUGUCUGUUUUGCUUUGGCAUCUCUCCUUGUCCAUAUUACGGCAAUCAGUGAAAGUCAACUGCAAAAAUAUCUAUUCAGUGUAGUCAAAAAGCAAAUCUCUGAAAACUAUGCAGUUCUUAACAGAGUUUAUAGCAGUGAAAACAGCUGCUGUGUCAUUCAGCUUUAUGUAGCAAAUAAUACGACUAAAUUUUGAUUGCUCUUAGGCUGACUCCUCUAUUAUACGAAAGGCCUGACAGAUCUCUAGUAGUAGGACUGUGGGUGCAGUCAAAUACACUAGUAAAACUGAAGAGACAAAUCAUGUAGAGAUGCAGCUCCAGUUCUUAGUUUGCAGAGCUUCCUGAACAGUGAAUUUUAUGAUCCAAUGUUUUUGAAUUAGUUUUAACGUAAAACUAAGUAUGGGAAAACCAUACAUGCUUGAUUGUAAGUUCAAUGUUCUUAUCUAGAAGGUGCAUGAAAUCUCAAAGUAGCAGUGUACUACUCCUGCAUGUGCAACAUAGGAAUUUAGUGGAAAAAAAAAGUGUAAAAUUCAGUGAAAUUGGGGGGAAAAAAUCAAGUUUUAAGGUAGGUAAAGCAGGUUUGCUUGUUAUCACAAGAUCAUGUUUUUGGAAAGGAGUAGUUAAGUAUUUAAUAGCAUUCAUUCAUGUCUGCUAUCGAUAUUUAAGAGACUGGAUAGCUUGAUUCUAUUUAGCUAUGUAUUGUGCUUUACUCAACUGUUUAUGGCUGCAACUUUUGUAGACUCGAGUGUGUUUGUAGUCUGAAAGUGUCAUGUGAGUAGAGUACAAUUAAGAUCUUAAUUGUAAUACAAAAUGAGAUCAAUUCUUUAAAAAGUCAAAGUAGUACUGACUGCCUAAUCCCAUGUCAGACUAGAAAGUGCCUUUAAAAAAAAAAGGCAACAGGCUAUGAUUAGAUAACUUAUUUCCUAAUUUGGAGAAAAUGUGGAAGAGCCCUGUACUCUUUCCAAACAGCUAGCUGGUUUCUGGUCAACUUGUAAAGGCAGAUUACCUAUCUGUAGUGUCUGAACGAUAUAAUCUGUUGCUUAGUGCUGUAGGCAACUAUUGUGCAUUGGUCAAACACCAUUAAAACCGGCUUGAUCAAUGCUUAAGUCUGUAAAGCACAAAUAUGUUUUGGGUUAAUCAUUGUUUCUUCACAAGCCAUUGCUGGUUUUGCGUGUAAGUAAAUCUAGUGCCUUAACAUAAUUUACAGCAAUUAAAAUAGCCUAUUAAAGAACAAAAAAUGAAAAUGUUUUCCUAGUACAGAAACAUAGGCAAAUGUAAGUAAGAAACAGAAAUUUAACAUGUUGUAUGUUGUGUGAAGAAAAGGGAGAAACUUUGGUCUUGAACUUGAAUGUUUCCUGUUCUGAAAUUAAACGUGCUCAACUUGUUUAGCUUAGUAUUUAGAAGAAAUCAUGUUUUGGGACUGACUGAGCUUCACCUCUGCUUCUAAGUCCACAUAUCCUUGGCCUGUAGGACCCCUUGUAGCCUAAAAGCUUCGGUGGGUUCUAAAUAAGACCUGUCAAAGCCACAGUUUCAGUUUUGCAUUGAAGGUCUGUUUUUAAAAACCCAUCAAACAAAAGCAAGAAAAAAAUGCAGCUACGAUGUCAUGCUAGAAUGAGAACCUUUUUCAUGCCACAUCAGAUUUUGCGAACUUGUUAAAAUGAUUCUCGUCAAAUAAGGCUGCAAAGGGUUCGAAUAUUAAUGUUGCAGUGGCUUAUUUUGUGGUGGCUAUCCCAUACCCACCAAGAGACUGUGUUGGAUAAUGAACUGUGAUACUGUUAAUACUAACGAAGUAUUAAAGCUCUGUGAGUCCAUCUACCAGAAA